UGUAGAACCCUGCACCACUGCGAGUGCAAACCCACUCUAACCCUAAAACUUUCCGAUAACGAAAUGGCAUCCACCGCCGGCGCCGCCGCGAGAUCGAUAUUCCGUUCGUGUUCCUCUCGCCGCGCCGCGUUCCGUCUCGGCGCGGAAGCUAAAGCGGCUCGGUCUCCGUUCCGCGUCGCUUCCAAUAAACCUCUCUCACAAUCCUCACUCAGGUGUCCUGUUGAAUUGAGCUUCUGUGUGGAAUCCAUGCUACCGUACCAUACUGCAACUGCUUCUGCUUUGAUGACUUCCAUGCUCUCUGUCUCUCGCCGCAGCUAUGGUUGGCUUCCUGAAGGUAGCUAAACAUCUGUAGGAUUCCUUGUGUUCAUUCUUCAAUUUAAUUUUCGGGCCAAGAGGAGACUAUUUGAAGAUCGAGAAGCAAGGUUGGGAUGACUUGGACCUCUUUUGAUGUUGAGCUUUAAACAAAAAAAAAAAAAUCAUUCUUAUUAGGAAGAUUUGUUUGUUAUCUAUCACCGAAAAAAGAGUUUGUUGCUCUUGGAUUCUUUUAAGUUGGCAUGAUGAAUGUCAUUAAGCUGGAUUCUUCCUAGUUUGCUUUGUGUUUUAGAAAAUAAUGUCUCUUAUUUAAUAUAAAUGCUCUUCAACAUUCUUGUUAGAAUUUCUCUAGAAUAUAGUUUAUUUCUGUACCUUCUAUAUUUAUUUGUUAGCUAUAUUAUACUUA